CAUCCACUCCUUCAGCUCCAUCUUGUUGGGAACAACGUGCAUCUCCAGCCCCAAGACAUGUCCUGCUUCACCCGGUGCCAGCCCUGCCAGCCCUGUGGCCCCACCCCGCUGGGCAGCAGCUGCAAUGAGCCCUGUGUCAGGCAGUGCCAGGACUCCACCGUGUUCAUCCAGCCCUCACCUGUGGUGGUGACCCUGCCUGGGCCCAUCCUCAGCUCCUUCCCACAGAACACCGCCGUGGGAUCCUCCACCUCUGCUGCUGUUGGCAGCAUCCUCAGCUCUCAGGGAGUGCCCAUCAGCUCUGGGGGCUUUGGCCUCUCUGGCCUGGGCAGUGGCCUCUGUGGCACCAGGAGCCUCCCCUGCUGAAGCUGCUGGCGCUGCCCUGGGAAGGAACCCAGGGACUGCCAGGAUGGAACCGCCCUGGGCACGCAGCAUCGGCUUGGUGCUUCCUGAGGGGCUGAGCAACCCCAGCAGCCCUUGCAGAGGGACAGGGCCAGCCUGGGCUCUUGGCAAGCACAGCCCAUCCCUGCCUCUGUCUCCUGCCACUCUCUGCUUUCCCUCCUGUCUCCUUAUUCCCCUGUGCUCCCCAGGGCUGUGAGUCCCCCUCAGCCAUCCUGGGGAGCACCUGCUGGCCCUGCUCCCUUUCUGGAUCAGGCAGGUGGACACCUCCUGGGAUCUCUGCCAUGGCCAUUGGCUGGAGAUUCUGAGCCAACCCCGCUGCUCUCUACACUGACGCCUCCACUCAGAGUGACCUUGUUCUCAUCUUUACAUUAAAUUAAAUUUCUGUUGCAUCCCA